AUGAGUGGUUUUCUGUACUCUUCAACUACUAAAAUCAGACGCAAAUCGACUUCAUCUGCAACUGCACUUACAACCACCACAGUUUCUUCACACAAACAAAUGGCAACGUCACCAGCAACAACAACAAAUAAAAUGUUAAGGGCCAAAUCUCCAACAUCACCAAAGUCUCAAACUGCUCACACUAAUGCCAACGCCACAGUCUCUCCACGGCCAGAACCGACAAUUAUCAAACGAAGAAAUUCGUCAUUUGCUAAUACUUCAUCUCCCUGGUUUAGGCGAAACUCAUUUUUAUCACCUUCCAUGAUUCAAGAUGAGAACUUUAAUGUUUAUGAAUCGGGAAACGCGUUUUAUUCCGGUGGAUUUGCCUCGAAUUAUUCUAUAAUCUCAUUACGUGAAUGUCAAGGGUUUAUAUUUAAUCAAGAUUUAUUUGCCACCCCGUAUCAACAAGUACGGUCACAAGCUAAUGCUAAAAAGUAUAGAGCGAGCUUUUCUCAAAGGAGUAGUAGCAGUACUGGAGUUGGUAGAAAAUGCCGUGAUGGUGAUUAUGAAAGGAGACAUACUAGUUAUCAUGCCCCGCGGCCACAAUUUGAUCGUUCUGUAGGCUCGGAUCAGGCCAUUGUUGAUGAUGAUGAAGAAGAAGAAGUAGAUGAGGAUGAAGAUGAGGAAAUGCAUGAUGCUAAUGAAGAAUUUGUAUCUAAUGAUGUGAAACAUGAUAGCAAUCAUAUAUAUGAUGAAGAUGAAGAUGAAGAUGAAGAUGAAGAUGAUGACGACGACGAUGACGACGACGAUGAUUAUAGAGAGAUGCAUGAAUAUGGAGGCGAUUUUAAUAAUAGACGGUACAAGGUACGUGUUACUGAAAUUGUUGUUGAUGAAAAUGAUGAUAAUGAUAUAUUUCCAACUUCAGAAAUAUGA